GGAGAACUGGCGGCUGCUCGCUCCGGAAAGAAAACCGGUACCACGGCCCUUAAAGGCAUUCAACGAGAGUAGAUUCCGUUGAUUUCAGUGGCACUCACGGCUCAAGUGAGCAACGCUCCUGCAGGGCGCUCAAGCUGAAGUUUAUUCAGAAGUGAGCCCCGCUGAAUUCCAUGGCACUUACACCCCAGUAAACGUGCUUUGGAUUGCAGCCUUUGUUUCACACAAGCACGCCUUCAGUCGAAUUCCCCGUCCCUGGGAGGAGGAGGGCUUCCGUCCCGCUAAAACAUCUGGGAGUUUCCCCGGCGUCCCUCGUAUCUGCCCGUGAGACCGCAUCCUACAGCGCGUUUACUGCCGGGCCUCUCUGAGCACGAUGAGGCUUACUCCCAGGUAAGCCUGCCCGCGAACCUGCCCAGGCUUAAUUUGGGAGUUGCAAACUCGCACAUAAUCGGGCUUACUUCCGAGUAAACAAGCACGGGGCCGCAGGUUCACACAGUGACGUUGCCAGCUGGCCUCACGCGGGGCUGACUUCCGAGCGGAUUUGCACACAGUCGGGUUGGAGGGCUUUAUUCGCUCGCUCUUCUCCCCAGAAAGCCCAAGUGUGCCAUCGCUAGUCAACGACCAAACACUUACGCCGGGAUCCUCGUAUUUAAAUAACGCUCUUUCCUUUGAGCCAAUACCCGGCCGCCACCGCUGAGACUGCAGCCCCCCCCCGCACCUUAUUUAUCCUGUACACUUUCCCUCUCCUGUUGCCCAUGAGUGCCAAGAUCCAACCGCGACUGCAAAGUUUCUGAUCCCAGCCAUGUAUUUUAUUUACGCUGCACGCCGCCCAGCCGGGGAGUGUCGCAGAGUUGUAAAAGCCAGAAAGAGCGAGCGACUCUGCGCGAGGCGAUUCAAUGGCAUCGAGCUGGCUGGGGCUGGGAUGGAGGGAGCCGGGCGGCUGCUGCUGCUCUUCUAAUGCAGCAGGUAACGUUGAGCGCUAGGACCUGGAGGGAACCCUCGCCGCCCGCAAGCUGGACUACCUUAAACCCAGCCCAAAGCCUCUUCCUGCGCCACUUUUCCCUGCGUGCUUGGAUGGAAGAGGCAGAGUCGAGAGCCGCAGCUCGGGGCUGGAGUACGACGGUACACGGAGAGCCCCGCAGAAGCGACACCUGUUCCAAGGCAAGGCAGCGGGAAGAGAUCAGCCUUUGGACGUGGCUGCUUUCCUCGUUGCUCGGGGUCGAUCAUCAGCCAGGCUGAACCGAGAGAAGCAUCCGCUGUGCCUCCUGAGAAUUCUGGAUAAUAGCAUCUGGACGGCAAAACUUUUCUUUUAUUGGGAUUUUCCCCCCAAAAAACGCCCUUUCUCCUUUUUUCGGGGGGGAUUUGUCUUAGUCGGCAAAUGUGAGAUUCCCCCCACCCUCCUCUUCUUUUUCUCUUCCCCCCCUUUCUCUCCUUGCAGGAUUCAUGCUGAUGUAUGCAGUCAAUUAUAGAGUAAAAACAGCGCAUGCCUUUCUGGAGUCAGAAUCCAUAAAAAAUCCUGGCAUCGCCCGUGCAUCUUAAAUAUCUAUAUCAAAAAUCUAUGUAUGCACCUCCCUCUAGAACGCCUAAGGCGCUGAAGUUGCUAUGGUCAUUCUGCUCUUAAGCCUGAUGGAGAAACUAUGGAUUUUUAUUCUCAUUACAGUCGGAUGGGCAGAAGAGCUUACUGCUUGCUAAGAGCUGAGGAAUAUAGAUGAUCUCUCGCCUUAUACCUCUCUAGACCCCCGUCUGAUGUGUUUAUAAAUAUGUCAGUGUCUGAGUCGAAUGCGGUGGUUUCUUAAGACUAACAGCGGCUUGACCUUGAACCUGAGACCAGUCAAAACAGAAGAUUACUUUUUAAUAUAUAUAUUUAGAUGGAUUAAAGCAAGAACAUUUUUUCCUCCCCUCAAUGUAACUGCAAGUGGGAGGGGAGAGGAGUGGAAACCACGGGUUUUCCUAUCCAAAAGAAAGGGAAAUAUAUCUAUCUAUCUAUCUUGGGUUUGGGCACCAGCAUUACAGUUUUGCUGCAAAAAACAGCUAACCUUCCCCCCUCCUCCUCCUCCUCCCUCCCCCUCGCUCCUGAUGGCUCCCUUAGGUGAAGUUGGGAACUAUUUCGGUGUACAAGAUGCGGUACCCUUUGGGAACGUGCCCGUGUUGCCGGCAGAUAGCCCGGUGUUGUUAAGCGACCACCUGGGGCAAUCUGAAGCAGGUGGGCUCCCCAGAGGGCCUGCAGUGACGGACCUGGAUCACUUAAAAGGGAUCCUGAGGCGGAGGCAGCUCUACUGCAGGACUGGAUUUCAUUUAGAAAUUUUCCCCAAUGGUACGAUCCAAGGAACCAGGCAAGACCACAGCAGAUUUGGUAUCCUGGAAUUUAUCAGUAUAGCAGUGGGCCUGGUCAGCAUUCGAGGGGUAGACAGUGGACUUUAUCUGGGGAUGAAUGAGAAAGGGGAACUAUAUGGCUCGGAAAAGUUAACCCAGGAGUGUGUGUUCAGAGAACAAUUUGAAGAGAACUGGUAUAACACAUAUUCCUCGAAUCUAUAUAAGCAUGUGGACACUGGACGACGAUAUUAUGUUGCAUUAAAUAAAGAUGGGUCUCCAAGAGAAGGGACUAGGACUAAACGGCAUCAAAAAUUCACCCAUUUUUUACCUAGACCGGUGGAUCCUGAGAAAGUCCCUGAACUAUAUAAGGAUAUUUUAAGCCAAAGUUGACAAAGACAUUUCCUUCACUUGAGCCCUUAAAACAAAGUAACCACUAUAAAAGGUUUCAUGCUGUGGGUUCAUAAUUGAUUAGCUGUGUCAUCACAUCAGCUCCACUGUUGCCAAACUUUGUCGCAUGCAUAAUGUAUGAUGGAGGCUUGGAUGGAACAUGCUGAUUUUGUUCUGCACUUAAAGGGUUUGUCUUCCUGGAGGAGAGCCUAUGCCCGCUUGCUUGGUUUAUUAUGAGAGGAAGGAAGGAAGAGUGAGAACGUGUGAGAGUGAAAAAAGAAAGAGGAUGAAAGGGAGAAGCUGAAGCAAGAAGGAAGGGGGAGGGGGAAAGGCCUGAUGCAUGCUGGGAAACAAGACACGCUUUUAAAUUUUUUGAUCCAUUGUACUUCAUCCUAUAUCAGCAUAGCUGCCAUACUUUGACUCAUCAGGAAUAUUGGCUGGUGGCCUGCUCAAGUGUACACUGCAUUUAUAAAAAGAAAAAAAAGGAGGCAUGGAGGGCACGGUCUUAGUAAAACAAAAAAAAAAGAGACUUAUUUUUUGGUUUGACUGCUCAAGUGGGAGUCAUCCCUUGCUGAGUGAAAAGCAAAGACCUCUUAGGUAAAACAAGAAAAGAUAAAAAAUAAAAAUAAAAAAUAAAAAUAAAAAGGUUUAAAUUUAUUUAUAGAAAUUCCAAAGGCAACAUUUUAUUUAUUUUAUAUAUUUAUUUAUUAUAUAGAGUUUAUUUUUAAUUAAAUAUGUACAGGCCAGAUAGGCAGUUUGGAAGCUUUAGGCUCUGUAAAACAUUUCGACAGUGAAGGCUGCUCUUGAACCUGUGAUAAAAUUCAUGCAAGUUGAACAUAAAGGUGCAUGGAGGCAAAAAGAAAUCUAGUGAUCUUAAUGUACUAAAGGCGACAAUCUCUUUUGUGCCCAUAUUAUUGUAAAAGUAUGCACACCACUCAUGACACAGAGUGCUCACUCUUCUGACUGCUUGUUUCAUAGCUUAAACUUCCACCCCUCUUCCUCUCCCCCCUCCCCGAGGAUUAAAGAUAAAACUGGGUCUUCAAAACUUUAAUUCUGUGUCUGUAAUAUUUCCUCUUUGGUAAGUUGACUUAUUCCAUCUUUGUAAGCUUCACAGUUGUGGAAGAAAGAAAGAAAAGAGAGAAAAGAAUAUAAGGAUUGGUAUAUAUUCUACUUGUUCAAAUCUACUGCAGAUAAUACCAAAGCUAAAUGAUAAAUAUGCUCUUUUUAUUUAAGCAGAAUGCCAGGAACAUCCUAAUAUUGACAUUUUGUACUAAUUUAAGGUUUUCACAAGUAGUACAAGAGGCCAGGGGCAGGGUUCACUCUUGUAAACUUGUUUAAUUGUGCACUUGACUAUCUACUUUGAAAUGACACAAGUUCCAUAGGGGUUAUUACUGUAACAUCAUUUAUGGAAAAAAUGCUUUCAGUGUGAACUGUCAUAAUCCAUAUUAACACCCUUCUUAAAGUAAGACUCUUGCAAAAUGAAACUAAUAAAUCUCUAUUGAGAAUUGCAAUGAGGGGGCAAGUACUAUACUCGUUUUAUUUCGUGAAGCUAUCUUUCAAAUGUUCCUGAAGUGUAUUAUGCAGGCUCCACUGCGUAAUGCAUGUCAUUAAUAUUAUGUAACAUAAAUAGUGCAAACAUACCUUUCGUUGGUGGUUAUAAUUUUGGAACUUGCCCUUAGAAAGGAGAUUUUGUCAUA